AUGAGCACCAGUAGCGAGGAACCCGAAAAUUGGGACUCGGUGAAUGACCGUCUCGAACUCGCUUGGCUAGACGUGGAAGCCGCCCUCAAGAUCGCCGACUCCCCAUCUAUAGCUGUCGGGAUCAUCCAUGGAGCCAAACCGAUGCCAGUCUUUCAAAAGUCUUCUGGUAUCGCCAACUUCGACACCGGGCAAUGUGCCGCUUUCGAUACUGUGUACAACAUCGCGGGAUGCUCCCAGAUGAUCACCUGUGCCGCGGUAGGCAUAUUGGUCAACGAGAAACGACUGGCGUGGAACGACCUUGUUAGGAAACACAUUCCGAGUUUCUGCCCUUUCACAGACUCAGACAUUGGCGAGAAAGCUUCAGUCAUAGACUUGUGCCGACAUACGACAGGACUUGCAAAUCCAGCCCCGAUCUUCAUGGGACCGGGCGGAUCGAGCCUGAGCAAAGCAGAUGAGCACACGGCGUUUGUGAAUUCUCUACCCGGAACCGAUGAACAAGGUCCGAGAUUCCGAAAAGUAUGGCAACACAGCGAUGCUGCUUUUGGCCUACUUGCCCUGAUCAUCGAAAAGGUAGCAGAGAUGCCGUUUCACGAAUUCCUUCGUGAGCGUAUCUUCAAGCCUUUACGCAUGUGGAGCACCAAUGUCAUGCCCGACGAAUGCAAUGGUAGAUUGCAAUUUGCCGUGCCUUACGUCAAGUCAUCCGCCGGAAUAUGGUUGAAAGUCCAGGCCGCGACGCUUGAUCGAACUCAUGGGCCGUUGUUGGCAAGUACGGGCAUGACAAGCUCAGUCCUGGAUAUGCUCAAGUUCAUGCAGGCUGUCAUACAUAGGUAUGACCAGGAAAGUGAUACAGACUCAACUCAGCCGAUGGCUAAAUUGAAAAUCGAGAAUCCGCUCCGAGAGAUCGCGGCAAUAUGGAAAAACGCUUGGGAGCGACCCGUGAAAGACGGACUGGACAAGAAGACCGGAUAUACUCUGGGCUGGAACCGCACAACAAUCCCCAGCGCUGUCUUUGAGCCCGACUCGUAUGACCGCUACGCAGACGGCGAGAAAUCGUAUAUCAACCCAAGAACUAUUGUGGGAAAAGGAUCAGACUCCCCUAUGGUGUACGGAUAUCACGGCAUCACGGAUGGGUUCGUCUCUGCGACCUACCUUUUCCCAGAGACCCGCACAGCUAUCGUGGCCAUGAGCAACUCGGCCAGCACCGGUGAUGUCGCGGAAGCAGCGGUACGAAUCAUGCUACAGGCUCUUUUCAGGCCCAAACCCCGUGUGAGUGCAUUCGGGCCACUGCGAGCCGCGGGCCGCCGCUGUGAACACGUCUUUGAGAAAAUGCUCGCGGACUGGAAGACGGGUCGCGAUACAUCCUUGUUCAACAGUGAUCUUCAAGACUUUGCUGGAUCGUACGUUGGACUAAACACAAUCCGGAUCAGCAUAACAGGUGGCGUCAAAGAAGGCGAAUCAGGUUUUACCGAGCUUAUGGUCACAUUUGGCGCUAAUUCUGGGUCGAAGCACCCGCUUGAACCUUACAACACCGAUAUGUUGAGCUUUCUUCCCCAGAAAAGGGAACAGUUGCUUGCCCGGGGUAUGAUGAUGUGGAACCACUACAAGAUGGGCAUUUUUGAGUUUGUCAGAGAAAAGGAAAGUGGUAAAGUGCUUGGGUUUUGGUGGCAGUGGGACGCCAACGAGACCUCAUCUUUAUGGGUAAAGGACCAUGGUGUCAUAAGUCCUCAGGAGAUUCAGGAGAUACAGGAGAAGAUCAGACAUUCUCGUAUACCAGAGGAGAAAGUCACACCACCAGAGAAUGGUACCGUGAACAGCAAUGCUGACCCUGAUGUGCAGCAAGUACAGCCAUCUUGA